AUGUCGGACGGUGCUGAAAACAUAUAUUCCGCUGGUCAAGCCAACGGGUCAGUUGACAACGGCGUUGCCAAAAGCUCAGAAUUGCCACAAUCCUUGUUUGUGCAACACCUUGCAACAUAUCCAGCAGUGGCAGCGUUGACCGGGUUCGUGGCCUCGGCGCCAUUAGUUGGGAUGUUUGCAUCAAAUGCAAUUCCUUUGAUGAUGGCCAUUCGCGAUAGGUCCCGCCCUAUUGCCGACCCAGUAGUUAAGAGGGCCUCGCCAGUAAUUGUUCGUGUUGACAAGUUUGGUGAUAGCAUUCUCACUACUGUAGACCAUACAUUUCCAGCAAUUACACAAACCCGCCCAGAAGAGGUUAUUGAGUACGCCAAAGCCCCUGUUAACCAAGCUCGAGAAGCGUACACUAGCUAUAGUAACAGUACGAGAGGGCUUGUCGAACACAGGGUCAUUGAUCCUAUCAAAAAGGUUUCACAAGCAGUUAGGGUCCAGUAUAACAAGGUCUAUGAUACAAAGGGCAAGGCCCUUGUACGAUCUAAUCUCGACUCUUUGGUUUUGCCUAUUAAUGAUAGGCUUGAAAAUGUUAUUACUGAUUAUCUUCCCGAGGGAGAGGAACUUCCACAAGCGGAUGGGCUAUCAAAUGAGAUCAGUCGCACCUGGAGAUUGGUCAGAGUUGCAGUUCAUCGUGGACGACCUGUUUUAGCCGAACAGGUUAACCAAGUUGUGACUUUACCUCGGAUAGCCACUGAACAUGUAUUUAACACUUGGGAGGAAAAGGUUCAGAAACAUAGCAAUGGGAAGCCCACGGCCACCACCUACGCCCUGGCUUAUUUAGGUACCACUCGUCAAUUGUCUAGUGACAGCAUUUCUGCCGUUCGAGCUGCUACUGGAAUUCCAUUGCCUUAUUUUGGGUUAGGAUCAACGAACGAUGAUAAUGUCUCGAGUGAAGGAUCGGCUGAUACCGUACCAUCACAAGGAUCGCGAAUCCCUGGCUCUAAUGCGUUGUCCAGCGCCACUAAACUUUUCUACAGUUAUUUGCCUCACCCAACUACUUCAAGUGGCGCAGUUGUUGUCACUGAUGAACUUCCUACUACUACUGUGCAAGAAAUUUCCGCCACUGGAGAAAUUCAUUAG